AUGGGAGUUCAGAGAAUUGAUCAAACGGCGGCGUUUAAAAGAAAGAAGUUAGAGAAGACGGAGGUUACCAGCGAAGAGUUUCAGUAUGAGAUGGUGGAAGGAAGGACUUCUUCAUCGAGGGAAGAUAAAUUGGAAUUUUUGAAUCGUAAAAUGCUACAGCGGAUGAAAGCAGAUACUUUAUAUGAUUCCAUCUGUGUCAGAAACAUGAUGAGUAGAAGUGGGGGAGAUUCUUUAAGAACUUCCGCACCAUGUGGUGUGAGGUUACAUGCAAAUGUAGAUAUUUAUUCAGUAUCUGGGGCUGCUUCAAGUGAUAAAGAUGUUUUUUCGAAGCGCAAAGUUGCGAAGUUUGACACUUCUGAUCUUGAAUGGACUGACAAAAUUUCAGAGUGUCCAAUAUACUACCCGACUAAAGAGGAGUUUGAAGAUCCUUUAGUUUAUCUGCAAAAGAUAGCUUCAGAAGCAUCAAAAUAUGGCAUUUGCAAGAUUGUUUCCCCUGUACUUGCAUCUGUUCCUGCUGGUGUGGUUCUCAUGAAAGAAAAAGCUGGUUUCAAAUUUACAACUCGGGUACAACCUCUUCGUUUGGCUGAAUGGGAUACCGAUGACAAGGUCACCUUUUUCAUGAGCGGAAGAAACUAUACAUUACGAGAUUUCGAGAAAAUGGCGAACAAGGAAUUUGCUCGUAGAUAUCAUAGUGCUGGAGGCCUUCCUUCAACUUACUUGGAGAAAGAAUUUUGGCAAGAAAUAGCUUGUGGAAAGACAGAAAGUGUUGAAUAUGCAUGUGAUGUUGAUGGUAGCGCAUUUUCAUCUUCUCCAAACGAUCCACUUGGAAAAAGCAAAUGGAAUCUGAAGAAACUUUCUCGGCUCCCUAAAUCUAUUUUACGUCUUCUAGAUACAGCAAUCCCGGGAGUUACUGAGCCUAUGCUUUACAUGGGAAUGCUGUUUAGCAUGUUUGCUUGGCAUGUGGAAGAUCAUUACCUGUAUAGCAUCAAUUAUCAUCACUGUGGGGCAGCAAAAACUUGGUAUGGCAUUCCUGGCCAUGCAGCUUUGGAUUUUGAAAAGGUUGUAAGGGAGCAUGUGUACACUCACGAUAUCUUAUCUGCAAAUGAAGAAGAUGGUGCUUUUGACAUGCUUUUGGGGAAAACAACUUUGUUUCCUCCUAAAAUUUUGUUGGAUCACGAUGUUCCAGUUUUCAAAGCUGUACAGAAGCCUGGGGAAUUUGUAAUAACUUUCCCUAGAGCAUAUCAUGCUGGAUUUAGUCAUGGUUUUAAUUGUGGGGAAGCUGUCAACUUUGCAACUGGUGAUUGGUUUCCCUUGGGAUCCAUUGCUAGUCGCCGCUAUGCUCUACUUAAUAGGAUGCCUGUCCUUCCUCAAGAGGAGCUUCUUUGCAAAGAAGCAAUGCAGCUUUAUACAAAUCUGGAACUUGAAGACCCAGAUUAUUCAUCUGUGGAUUUGAUUUCCCAGAAUAGUAUUAAAUUUUCAUUUGUAAAUUUGAUUCGUUUUCAGCAUCGUGCUCGUUGGAGUCUAAUGAAAUGGAAAGCUUGUACAUAUGUUUCUUUUAUUAGCCAUGGAACAAUUCUUUGCAGCAUGUGCAAACGGGAUUGUUAUGUAGCAUAUGUGAAUUGCAAUUGCUACUCACAUCCGGUGUGCCUUCGCCAUGAUAUAAAGUCUCUAGAUUUACCCUGUGGAGGCAAUCCAAGACUUUGUGUGAGGGAAGAUAUCUUAGAUUUGGAAGCAGCAGCUAGGCGGUUUGAGCAGGAGGAUAUACGAUAUGAGAUUCAACAAGGUAGAAAUGGUGAGGACUCAGUUCAGCUAGCAAACAUGUUCUCGAGAGCUGAAAAUGAUGGUUAUCUCCCUUACUGUGAUAUUAAUCUGGAGUUUAAUGAGGAAAUUCCCCAAUCUGAGAACCAAAUACAGCAGCAGACAUACAGUUUUCCCUGUCGGUCUACCCUGUUCACUGGCGCAGAGAAUAUAAAGACUGAAACUUCAGAUGCUUCCAUUUUGGGUUCUUUAUCUUCAUCAAACCUCGGUAUCGUUGCAGAGUCAAGUCAAAGUUUUUACGGAACUGGCAGUGUUCAAGGGAAUAUUAACUUUGGAAAUCUUGCAUCGACAAUGUCUUCUAGAGAUUGCUUUACUCGUGUUCGUGAAGUUUCACAAUCCUCUGCUAGUGAAUAUGCUAGUUCCCAGAAGAAGGGUAUUCAGAAGACAGAUUUCGGAACUAGUAAUGAAGAAAGUGAUGAGUCUGAUUUUGAAAUAUUCAGGGUUAAGCGGCGUUCUUCCACCAAAGCAGAACAAAGAAAUGCACAGAACCCUGUCUCUGUUAAUUUUGAACAUCAGGGUUUUAAGAGGCUAAAGAAACACCAACUUGGACGGUAUGGGCAGUUAACAUCAGCUGAUUGUUCAACAGCUGAAGAUCUGAGCCGUGACUUGAGUCGUAAUUCAACUCAAUUAAAAGAAGCCUCACAUGGUGCUUCGAGGGACAAGUUAGCCAGAGGAAGUGGCAUUCCCAUCUCCAUUAAGUUUAAGAAAACGGCAAAUGAGGAAGCAACAAGUAAACAUGGAGAAGUGCACAGAAAUGAUAGAUUCCAGCAUGAGUUAAGCAAAAACACGAGGGAACCUCCCUCAAUAGAGCUUGCUGCGAAGCGACUCAAAGUCAGAGGUCCAUCAUUUUUAGAUGGCAAAUUGAACUGA